AUGUCAGAAUCUGGAAGUAAAGUGGUCCCUGUGCGGUGGGACGGCAGCCUCCCGCCCUGCUCUCAAGUGUUUGGGAAUGCACCUCCCAGCAGCAUGAUGGAGAAAUUCUCCGACCUGCUGCAGUUCACCACCCAGGUGUCCCGACUCAUGGUGACUGAGAUCAGACGAAGAGCCUCCAAUAAAUCCACAGAGGCAGCCAGUCGAGCCAUAGUCCAGUUCCUGGAGGUGAAUCAGAGUGAGGAGGCGAGUCGCGGCUGGAUGCUUCUAACCACCAUCAACCUGUUAGCUUCCUCCGGACAGAAAACUGUGGACUGCAUGACGACCAUGUCUGUGCCCUCCACUCUCGUCAAAUGUCUCUACUUGUUCUUUGACCUGCCCCACAUGGCCGAGGCACCCGUAGGCCCCACGUCACAACCGCCACAACCACCACCACCGCCACCGCCCAGCCAAGAGAAGACGCCAGGGCAAGGGCACACCCAACCCGAGCUGCCCCUGGCUGACCGUAGGGCGCUCCUCCAGAAAGUCUUUGUCCAGAUCCUGGUGAAGCUCUGCACAUUUGUGUCUCCAGCGGAGGAGCUGGCCCAGAAGGAUGACCUGCAGUUACUGUUUAGUGCCAUCACCUCCUGGUGUCCCCCUCACAACCUGCCCUGGAGGAGGAGUGCCGGCGAGGUGCUCACCACCAUCUCCCGACACGGCCUCAGCGUCAACGUGGUCAAAUACAUCCACGAGAAGGAAUGCUUGGCUACAUGUGUUCAAAACAUGCAGCAGUCAGACGAUCUCUCCCCUCUGGAGAUCGUUGAGAUGUUCGCCGGCCUCUCCUGCUUCCUCAAAGACUCCAGCGACGUGUCGCAGACCCUGCUGGACGAUUUCCGAAUGUGCCAGGGUUACACCUUCCUCUGCGACCUCAUGCUCAGACUGGAACAGGCCAAGGAGGACGAAUCAAAAGAUGCUUUGAAGGACCUGGUCAACCUGGUCACCUGUCUGUGCACGUAUGGGGUGACGGAGUUGAAGCCUGCUGGCUUGACAACCGGUGCCCCCUUCCUGUUGCCUGGGUUUGUUCUCCCGCAACCUUCUGGGAAAGGCCAUACAGUGCGUAAUAUUCAGGCCUUUGCGGUGCUCCAAAACGCCUUUCUACGGGCCAAAACAAGCCGCCUGGCGUGCAUGCUCCUGGACGCCAUCGGAAACAUCUACGCAGCCGAACCGGCCAACUAUUUCAUCCUAGAGUCGCAGCACACGCUGUCUCAGUUUGCAGAGCGUGUGGCCAAGCUCCCUGAGGCUCAGACCAAGUACUUCGAGCUGCUGGAGUUUGUAGUGUUCAGCCUCAACUAUGUGCCGUGUAAGGAACUCUUCAGCGUUAGCGUGCUCCUCAAAUCGAGCACUUCGCACGCCUGCAGCAUCACCGCCGUACGGACGCUGCUGAAGCUGGCCAGGCACGACCCGGUGUUCAGCGACGUGCUGCGGGAGGUCGGACUGCUGGAGGUGCUGGUCAACCUGCUGCACAAGUACGCGGCAUUGCUCAAAGAACCGGCCUCACAACAGCAACCACACAGUAAUGACCAAGCUGACUGCAAAAACAACACUGUGGUGGAGGAGCAGAAGCAGUUGGCCUGGCUGGUGAUGGAGACGCUGACUGUGCUCCUGCAGGGCUCCAACACCACCAACACUAACGCAGCUCUGUUCAGAGAGUUCGGCGGCGCGCGUUGCGUUCACAACAUCGUGAAGUACCGCCAGUGUCGCGAACACGCUUUGCUCAUCAUUCAGCAGCUCGUCCUGUCGCCCAGCGGCGACGACGACAUGGGAACGUUGCUGGGCCUCAUGCACUCUGCACCGCCCAGUGAGCUGCAGCUGAAGACAGACAUACUGAGGGCUUUGUUAUCCGUGCUGCGAGAGAGUCACCGCACUCGGACGGUGUUCCGCAAGGUGGGCGGCUUCGUCUACGUCACCUCGCUCCUGGUGGCCAUGGAGCGCUCGCUGUGUCAGCCGCUGCGACACGGCUGGGAGCGCGUGAACCAGAACCAGGUUUUCGAGCUCCUGCACACGGUCUUCUGCACGCUCACCGCCGCCAUGCGCUACGAGCCGGCCAACUCUCACUUCUUCCGUACGGAGAUCCAGUACGAGAAGCUGGCCGACGCGGUCAGGCUGCUGGGCUGUUUCUCAGACACUAAGAAGCUGGGCCCCACAAGUGUGUUCCCCUCCAACGCUCAGCCUUUCCAGAGGCUCCUGGAGGACGAGGCCGUCCCCGGAGGCUGUGCAGGAGACAGCGUCUGCCCUACGCUCAAGCACUGCAGCAAGCUCUUCAUCUAUCUGUACAAGAUGGCCACAGAUUCUUUUGACAGUCGUGCGGAGCAGGUGCCUCCCUGCCUGACUCAUGAGACCUCACUGCCCUCCCCGUGGGGCACGCCAGCACUCGCCAGGAAGAGACACGGUUACUACGGCACGUCGGGCCCCCCUGCACCAGCGAAAGCCCUGACUGACCUGAAGCUCCACUUAACGAACUCCUCCCACCCCAUUUCCUCAUCGUCCUCAACAGACAUGGUGGUCAUUCACCCAGGGGCCGUGCUGGCCAUGGUGGACCUGCUGCCCUCCGUGUCCUCUGACAGCCAGCCAGAGCAUGCCCUCGACCUGCAGCUGGCAGUCGCCAACAUCCUGCAGCUGCUGGUGAACAGCGAGAGGAACCAGCAGGUGUUGUGUGAAGCCUGCCUCCAUCAGCGACUGUUGCAGCGCUGCAGCCAGGCCCUCAGCGAUGAAGACCACCCUCUGCACCCGCCAUUGUUUUUUCUUUGUUCUUUCUUUAUUUCUGACUUCCUGCUUAUCUUCCCCUUCAGGGAGUUCUUACGUCUCGGGAACCCGCUGAACUGUGGCGCCUGGGACAAGAAGCUGUUGAAGAACUACCGGGUCCACAAACCGAGCUCUCUCAGCUACGACGCCGAGAUGAGAAACAGCAUGACCACUUCCAUGGAGGGCUUCGGCCCCGACAGCGUCUUCACCACGCCGGCAGAGGACAAUGGCCAGUAUCGCAUCAGCCGCAGCCUCGUGCGCUCCGCUGAGGGCAGCACCGUACCCCUCACCCGAGUCAAGUGCCUGGUGUCGAUGACAACCCCCCACGACAUUCGCCUGCACGGAUCAGCUGUUACACCUGCAUUCGUGGAGUUCGACAGCUCGCUGGAGGGCUUUGGGUGCCUGUUCCUGCCCAGCCUGGCGCCUCACAACGCUCCCACCAACAACACCAAUGCUUCAGGUGUCAGCGAUGGAGCAGUUCUGAGCGGGAUGGGCACAGGCGAGCGCCUGUUUCCUCCCCCAUCAGGCCUGAGUUACUCCACUUGGUUCUGCGUGGAGAGGUUCAGCACAUCCCCUCAGGCCCACCCGGUGCGGCUGCUGACCAUCGUCCGCCGGGCCAACUCCUCGGAGCAGCAUUAUGUGUGCCUGGCUGUGGUGCUGUCGGCCAAAGACCGCUCGCUCACCGUCUCCACCAAGGAGGAGCUGCUGCAGACGUACUCGGAUGAUUCUAGCGAAGAAGCCUCCUUCUACGAGAUCCUUCCCUGCUGCGCUCGAUUCCGCUGUGGCGAGCUGAUCGCCGAGGGCCAGUGGCACCACCUGGUGCUGGUCAUGAGCAAAGGCAUGCUGAAGAAUAGCAUGGCCACGCUGUACAUCGAUGGCCAGCUCAUCAGCACUGUCAAGCUUCACUACAUCCACAGCGCUCCAGGCGGCUCCAGCUCCACCAACCCUCCUGUCGUCAGUACUGUUUAUGGGUACAUAGGGACACCCCCUGCCCAGCGCCAGCUCUCCAGCCUGGUGUGGCGUCUUGGGCCUACCCACUUCCUGGAGGAGUUCCUACCUGCCGCCAGCGUCGCUGCCAUUUAUGAGCUUGGACCCAACUACGUGGGCAGCUUUCAGGCCGUCUACCUCCCCUGUAAGGACUCCAAGGCGGAGGUAGCGCCGGCCUCUCCGGUGGUGCUGGUGCCAGAGGAGAAGGUGUCUUUCAGUCUGUAUGCGCUCUCUGUGUUGACUCUCACUGUGGCCAAAAUCAGGAAAAGCUACAACAAACUGGACAGCAAAGCCAUCGCCAAACAGCUCGCCGUGUCCUCUCAUGAAAACGCCACUCCGGUAAAACUGAUUCACAAUGCCGCCGGUCACCUGAAUGGUCCCGCACGCACCAUCGGAGCUGCUGUGAUUGGAUAUUUAGGCGUUCGUGCAUUCGUGCCCAAACCUGUGGCCACCAACCUGCAGUAUGUGGGAGGGGCAGCGGCCAUUUUGGGUCUGGUUGCCAUGGCGUCAGAUGUGGAGGGACUGUAUGCGGCUGUCAAGGCUUUAGUGUGUGUUGUAAAAAGCAACCCGCUGGCCAGUAAGGAGAUGGAGCGCAUCCAAGGUUACCAGUUGCUGGCUAUGCUCCUAAAGAAGAAGCGCUCGCUGCUAAACAGCCACAUCCUCCACCUCACCUUCUCUCUGGUGGGAACCGUUGACAGCGGCCACGAAACCUCCAUCAUCCCCAACUCCACGGCCUUCCAGGACCUACUGUGCGACUUUGAGGUUUGGCUGCACGCUCCCUACGAGCUCCAUCUGUCUCUGUUCGAGCACUUCAUUGAACUGCUGACAGAAUCCAGUGAGGCGGCUAAAAAUGCUAAACUCCUGAGAGAGUUUCAGCUCAUCCCACGACUGCUGCUCACCCUGAGAGACACCACGCUGUCCCAGCCCACUGUCGCCGCCAUCAGCAACGUGCUCAGUCUGCUGCUGCAAGGCUUCCCCAACCCAUACGACCUGCUGCGGUUCGGCCAGUUCAUCUCCUCCACUCUUCCCACAUUUGCCGUCUGUGAGAAGUUUGUUGUCAUGGAAAUCAAUAAUGAGGAGAAGAUAGACGGAGGAAAUGAUGACGACUUUGGUGGCCUCCUAUCAGCAAACCUCAUUCUGCUGAGAAAUCGACUGCUGGACAGCCUUCUUAAACUGCUUUUCACCACGAAAGAGAAGUGCACAGUUAAUGCCCAGGCGUGUGAGGAGCUGGUGCGAACGCUGGGCUUUGAUUGGCUCCUGAAGUUCAUGGAAGAACAUCUCCACUCCACCACAGUGACGGCAGCUCUGUGGAUCCUGGUGGUGCUGCUGUCCAAUCAGUCGAUCCUCAACCGCUUCAAAGAGGGCCUGUGCGGAGGAGGCUGGCUGGACCACACCGACUCCGUCCUGACCAAUAAGAUCGGCACAGUGCUGGGAUUCAACGUGGGUCGCAGUGCCGGCGGGCGCUCCACAUUGCGGGAGAUCAACCGGGACGCUUGCCAUUUCCCAGGAUUCCCUGUUCUGCAGACACUGCUGCCCAAACACACCAACGUACCCGAACUCUACUUCCUGCUCAUGGCUCUCUUCCUGCAGCAGCCUGUCAUCGAGCUCCCAGACAGCCUGCAGGUACAUUUUGAUCUGGACUCUAUCUGGACCUUCAUCUUUGGCGUGCCGGCAUCCAGUGGGACGGUGGUGGCCUCCAUCCAUAGCGUUUGUACUGAGGCUGCUUUCCUGUUGCUGGCCAUGCUGCGCAGCAUGCUUAACCUGCCUUGGCAGUCAGAGGAGGAAGGUUCCUGGCUCAGGGAGUACCCAGUAACACUCAUGCAGUUCUUUAGAUACCUUUACCACAACGUGUCCGACCUUGCACCAAUGUGGCACAGCCCAGAGUUCCUCUGUGCCCUGGCAGCUGCUGUCUUUCCCUUCAACAUCAGACCGUACUCUGAGAUGGUCAGUGAUUUGGACGAUGAAGCGAGUUCUCCCACCGAAGAGUUCAAGGCCUUCACUGGGGACUCUGGCAUGAACCGCAGCCAGUCUGAAUACUGCAACGUGGGCUCCAAGACGUCGCUGACCAACCACCCGGCCAAAAAAUAUGUCUUUGACUUCAUGAGGGUUCUGAUCAUGGACAACCUCUGCAUGACCCCAGCCAGCAAGCAGACACCCAUCAUUGAUAUGCUGCUGGAGGCUUCCCCGGAGCGCUCCACCAGGACUCAGCAGAAGGAGUUUCAGUCCAACAUCCUGGACAGCGUCAUGGAGCAUCUACUGGCUGCUGAUGUCCUUCUAGGCGAAGAUGCCUCGUUGCCCCUCAGCAGCGGGGGCAGUUAUCAGAUUUUGGUCAACAACGUCUUCUACUUCACCCAGCGGGUGGUGGACAAGCUGUGGCAGGGCAUGUUCAACAAGGACUCCAAGCUGGUGGUGGACUUCAUCGUGCAGCUCAUUGGACAGUCUAAGAGGCGUUCGCAGGGACUUUCUCUCGACACCAUCUACCACUGUCUGAACCGGACGGUGCUCUACCAGCUCUGCCGACCCCACAAGACUGUAGCACAGCAGGUGGCCCUGCUGGACGCCCUGCGGGUCCUGACCGUCAACCGCAACCUGGUGCUCGGGCCAGGCAACCACGACCAGGACUUUGUGGCCUGCCUAGCUCACUGCUUCAUCUGCCUGCACAGCGGGAGUAGUGUGGACGGCUUCGGUUUGGAGGCGGAGGCCAGGAUGACGACCUGGCACGUCAUGAUGCCCACGGAGAACGAGUCUGACACCACGCACAGUCACGACGUCAGCGAGGGUGAGACAGCUUCGUUUCAUGAGAAAAAGUACAUCAGUCGUGGGGAAGCAGUGGCACCAGCGACUCAGUCCAAACUGUCCAGAGUCAGCAGCGGCUUCGGCCUCUCCAAGCUGACCGGCGUCCGGCGCAACAAGAAGGAGAACAGCCUGAAUAAGAACAGCCUGUCUGCACAGGAGACUUUCCAGUGGAUGUUCACACACAUCGCUGUUGUCCGGGACUUGGUGGCCAUGCAGUACAAGGAAUAUCAAGAGUGGAGUCAUGCAGUGCUACAUGGUCUCACCUCCUCCUCUCCUCCCCAGAAACCUCUGCGUUACCGUCGCGCCAUCAGCUACGACAGUAAGGAGUAUUUCAUGCGUUUGCUGUCCGGAAACCCCGGCAUGUACCAGCACUCUGUAGAGCACAGCACUGAGGGAGAGACCACGCACCAAGAGCUGGAGCACGGAGAGGACACCAUCGCUAAAGUCAAAGGCCUGGUGAAGGCUCCGCUGAAGAGGUCUCGGUCCACAGCGGACGGUGCAGAUGAGGACAGUCAGGAGCAGCUUCAGGAGCAGCUAUUAGAGUCAGGAGGCCCCGAAGAGGAGCAGAAGACUGACAACACAUCCCUGCUGAGGCUCCUGGAGGAGGGAGAGAAGAUUCAGCACAUGUACCGCUGUGCCAGAGUGCAGGGUCUCGACACCAGCGAGGGUCUGCUGCUGUUUGGGAAGGAGCACUUCUACGUCAUCGACGGCUACACCAUGACCGUGUCCAGGGAGAUCAGGGACAUCGACACGCUGCCACCCAAUAUGCACGAGGCCAUCAUCCCCAGAGGAGCGAGACAAGGACAGAGCCAGUUAAAGAGAACCUGCAGCAUCUUUGCCUACGAAGACAUUAAGGAGGUUCACAAGAGGCGCUACCUGCUGCAGCCCAUGGCGGUGGAAGUCUUUUCAGCGGAUGGGAGAAACUACUUGCUAGCCUUCCAGAAAGGAGUUCGCAACAAGGUUUACCAAAGGUUCUUGGCGGUGGUGCCCUCGCUGGCUGACAGCUCUGAGUCUGUCUCAGGCCAGAGACCCAACACCAGCGUGGAACAAGGAUCUGGACUUCUCAGCACGCUGGUCGGUGAGAAGUCAGUGACUCAGAGAUGGGAGCGAGGAGAGAUCAGUAACUUCCAGUACCUGAUGCAUCUGAACACCCUGGCCGGACGCUCCUACAACGACCUGAUGCAGUAUCCGGUGUUCCCCUGGAUCCUCGCCGAUUACGACUCAGAGGAGCUGGACCUCACCAACCCCAAGACAUUUCGUAACCUCGCCAAGCCGAUGGGCGCCCAGACUGACACCCGGCUAACGCAGUACAAGAAGCGGUACAAGGACUGGGAAGACCCCAACGGUGAAACCCCGGCGUACCACUACGGCACUCACUACUCGUCAGCCAUGAUUGUGGCGUCCUACCUGGUCCGGAUGGAGCCCUUCACACAGAUUUUCCUCAGACUUCAGGUACGCAGUAAAGCCAACGGCGACGUUGCCGGCGUUCCUCCGAGCUCCAACAGCGACAAGAUCUUCUUCCAUCACUUGGACAAUCUCAGACCUUCUCUUGCACCAGUUAAAGAGCUGAAAGACCCUGUGGGACAGAUUGUGCCCACUGACAAGGGCAUCCUCGCUGUAGAGCAAAACAAAGUUCUGGUUCCUCCCACCUGGAGCAAGACCUUUGCCUGGGGUUACGCCGACCUCUGCUGUCGCCUGGCUAACUACGACUCCGACAAGGUCAGUAGUGAGAAGUUAUGUCCAAACCCAAAGCUGGUUAUCACCGGCGGCACCAGCACCGCCAUCUGUGUGUGGGAGACGGGAACCUCAAAGGAGAGGGCAAAGUCACUCACGCUCAAACAGGCGCUGCUUGGCCACACGGACGCUGUGACGUGUCUGACGGCGUCUUCGGCGUACCACAUCGUCGUCAGCGGCUCAUGGGAUCGAACCUGCAUCAUCUGGGACCUCAACAAGCUCUCCUUCGUCACACAGCUCAGGGGGCACCGAGCGCCCGUCUCGGCUCUGUGCAUCAACGAACUGACGGGCGACAUCGUGUCCUGCGCGGGCACCUACAUUCACGUGUGGAGCAUCAACGGCAGCCCCAUCGCCAGCGCCAACACCUUCACCGGCCGCAGCCAGCAGAUCCUCUGCUGCUGCGUGUCGGAGAUGAACGAGUGGGACACGCAGAACGUCAUUGUCACCGGGCACUCAGAUGGCGUUGUGAGGUUUUGGAGAAUGGAGUUCCUCCAGGUACCAGAAACCCCCGCUCCCGAGCCUGUAGAGCCAGAUGUGCCUGACUGCUGUGCUGACGAGAAGAUCGAGGGCGGUGAGAGUCACAAUGGCGACGAUGACAGCAGUGAGUCGGACGCAGACGAGCCCAGUCUGAGCCAAGAGCCCAGAGCGCCACGCAACCCCUCGACAGGUGGAGGCAGCCAGCCGGGUAGCACCGUCCACAGACCCAGAGGUCCCUCGGCCCGAGCAGGAGCAUCGUGGUCGAUGGACAGCGGCUCUGACGAUUCUCACCGCUGGUCAGACACUCUCAGCAUCGAUGAGAAGGACGGAUUCGUGUUUGUGAAUUACUCCGAGGGCCAAACUAAAGGCGCUCACCCAGCUCACUCAGGCCAGGGCUCAGUGCCUCAGCCGCUGCAUCCCUCCACUAUGGAGGCGCGGACAUAUAACCAGCUCAGGGCAGGCUACAGAUGGGAGCGCCAGCUGGUCUUCCGGAGUAAGCUCACCAUGCACACGGCUUUUGAUCGCAAGGACAACGCUCACCCAGCCGAGAUCACCUCCCUCGCCAUCUCCAAGGACCACAGUAAAAUCCUGGUAGGUGACGGCCGUGGCAGAGUGUUUAGCUGGUCGGUCAGCGACCAGCCCGGCCGUUCGGCAGCAGACCACUGGGUGAAGGACGAGGUGGUGGACAGCUGCUCCGGCUGCACGGUUCGCUUCUCGCUUACUGAGCGACGCCACCAUUGUAGGAACUGCGGACAGCUCUUCUGCCAGAAGUGCAGUCGCUUCCAAUCAGAGAUCAAACGGCUGAAGAUCUCGUCACCCGUGCGUGUUUGUCAGAACUGUUAUUACAACCUCCAGCAUGAGCGAAGCGUCGAGGACGGCUGCAGAAACUGAGCUCCACGUCCACCCGCCGCCAGCCCCGAAACAAGCCCCUCCUGAGGACCCGGGGAGCAUUUCAUUCCUCUAUCCGACUUCCCUCUGCAUCUCCCGAAACUCCUUCCCCCUUAAACCCUCAGCAACCACGUGCACUGUACCGCACUGACAGGGUGUCGCAGGAGGGAGCGACUCAAGUACGGCGGCGGAGCUCAGCAAAGGAGAAAGGAUGUGAACGAGGACAACAGAUCACAAAGAACACGGAAAGAAACUCAGUCCCCACUUUUACCACCGGCACUCACCUGGAGCGGAGGGAAGAAAACGCAGCGCGCACGAAUCAGUCAUCCACCAUCUUUGCUUAGAGAUCAAGAAACAGGCAAAACUUCAGCUUUCACAGCAGGAUGAGAAAAGACAAAAACUUGUUGAUAGUGUAAAUAGGUAUCACGGCCUUUUUAACUCUAAAAGGAGCAACCACCGAACAAAAGAUAAGGUCAAUGAAGUAAAAAGAAAUGCCUGUAACAUAGCGUUGUGACUAACCACUCCUGGCUUUAAAAAAACAGAAAAUUGAUUGUGUGUAGUGUGCGUCACGAGUCACAGCGAGAAUAACACGGAGGGAGAUGAAUGUCCAUAAUUAAUGUCUCUGGGUCGACUAGAGUGGGUCUAGUUAUGCAAAAUGACUUCUUUAUAAUUUCCCGAUCGUUUUGUUGUUUACAGACCUGUGAUUUAUUCUGAGUGUCAAACCGUCGCCACGCCGACAGAGAGGUUCACUCUCUGAUUGUCGUUUCCUCUUUUUAUUGCCAAACUGUUUUCUCGUGUCAGUUAUGAUGUUUAAUUUUUAACAUGUCAUCUGUUCAGUCCUUUUUUCCCCAUUUGGAGAUUUUUUUUAUUUUAGUUACUGCUGCUUUCUGACUACAAACUUUAUCGUGUUCAGUUUGACUUUGAUCUUUCUCGUUAGAACCAUAUCACUCCUUUCAUUGUGUGGUUCCUUCUGCAUUAUUAUAAUUUGUUAUUAAGAGAGAGAGAAAAUCGGGGUCAUCUUGUGUAAAAAGGUUAAAAGUAACGCACAUGCGUCCCGUAACUGCACAUUUAGUGUCCAUCGCGUCCUUUCGUUUUUGACCGUACAGCUUUAAAGCAGCUUCUUGAAUGCACACUAAAAAGGGACUUCCUCAUGAACUGUGUUUUGUUUUUUUAUUUAUAGUGUUGGUUUCUAUUGAGGAUUUGCUGGAUUUUUACUCCCCUGUGGCAUUAUCACAACACUCGUUAUCCUCACUCACUGGAGCUGCAGCCAAGCACCUUUUUAUUAAAGAGAUGUUUCAGAGUAUAUGUGGACGUUGGAGGUGUAAAUAGUCACGUAGGCCGUUGGAUUUUUAAUAAAUUUUGGCGUGUUUUGUCUUUAAAGGUAAAGACUCGGCCAGACAGACUUGCAGAGUAUUCUUGUGUCGCUUUUCUUUACCAUAUUUUACAGUUAAAGCUGCAGGAGAGCGAGUCUGUCGGUGUCUUUUUCUACCAUUAUAUCAGUGCUAUGACUUCAUAUUCCAUCCUUGUUGCUCCUGCAGGGGAAGAGAAGACGUGGAUUUUGAUGUGACACUUUAGACUGAGAGCAUAAAAUGAACCUCGUGCCCUUCAGUUGUUGACGUUAAUAAACCUUUUGACUUGAUCUAAUCUAAUGAUUGUAGAGUUGAUUAAUUUAAUGUUUUUCAGACGUCUAAAUUCAUUUGCAGCUUAACUGUUUAAAUGUAGAAGGACUUGGAUUGUUGCACUAACAUAACAAACUCAAAGCUAUGGGGUGUCAUUUGUGCCAUCAGAUUAGUGACUGUCACUUUAACAGUGACCAAAGAACCCCAACAAUCAGAUGACUCCCUGUGAGCAAGAACUUGGCGAAAGUGGGAAGGAAAAACUCCCUUUUACCAGGAAGCAGGCUCAGGGAGCAGCGGCGGUUAUCUUAUUACUUGAGACCAGAAAUUAAAAUGACUUGAUUCUUCAUUUCAUCUGAAAAGGCUGAAUGUGAAGUACUCAAAGGAGUUCAAACACUAUAAAAACACGUUUCUCUGCCCCGCUGAGACGGCGAUAUCAGAGGUUUUAUCUGCUUUCAUGUUGUUGAAUGUAACUCGAUCUUUUGUCAACACAAAUCCAUGUUUGGCUCUUUCUGCGUUAAAGACCGCACCUCUCCCCUCACUCGGUUUGUGGUUCUGUGGGCAAACUGUGCAUUCAAGGGCUGCUUUCUUUCUUUCUUUGUACGUCCCACGAGUCUUCACAGCCAUUUAAUGUUCACCCUCACCGCUCCACGUAAUAAUAAUAAUAUGCACUCAUGUUAUCGUCCUCCUUUAUAUCAUUCUGCCUUUCUGUACUGUAACUUAGCGUGCAAUCAUGCCAUCCAGCUGAAACGGCCGAGUCGGCUUCUAUCAAUCGAGGAUUCCUUUUGCACCUUCACGUGUACAAGAAGAGAAAAAAAAACUGUCACGUUUUUAUCGAAUGCAGAUUUUCGUUUUAACUGAAAGGUGCAUUUCACAGCGGAUAAAUGAACUGUACAAAGUAUUUAUGCAAUUAUAACUGGGUUUAGAUUUUCUUUUAUAUAUAAUUAUUGUGAUUUCAGCAAGUUUUGUUACUUGUUGCAUGUCUAUUAACACAGCUGACUUUCUGUGUCAGUGCAUUGUACAUGUUUGGCAUUAGAUUAUCUCUCUUUUUUGCUGGAUUUAUUCUUUUUUUUGUUUUUCUUUGAGGCAUUGUUCGACGGGUCAUACCGAGCGACAGGUUUGUGUACAAAGCCGCAGAUCAUGACCCCGACUCUGGGUGGACUUUUGUACUCUUUAGGGGGGAAAAAAUAAUUAAGGAUUAAUCGAAAGCAAAAAAAGAAAGGAAAAAAAAAAAGAGAAAUCUGGAUUAUUUUGGUGGUCUUGUAUUAGACUGCGUUACUACAGUAUCUGGUGUGCAAUCUGUAAUAGCUGAAUGUUCCUUGUAUAUUUGUGUUCACUACAUCCUACGAGAGAAAAAACCCACAGUAGAGUAACCUCCCCGUCCCCCGUUACAGAAACAAAAUGUUACAAUAAUGCAAUAGAUCUGGUACUUAUUCUUUUUCAUUUCAUUUCAAUAAAAAAUUGCUGUUUCCCACCAAA